AUGAAGGAAUCCAAAAAAUAAUUAAUAAUCAAUCUCGAAGCAAUAGAAUUAUAAAAUUUACUAAGAGAUUAAGAUCCAGAAUAAUUAGCAACUUAAGAAGAAGUUCUAAUAGAAUAGAAUAAAAAAUUAUAAGAAAAAGUUAUAAAAUUUAAGCUUAUUGCUAAACUGUCAUAAGAAUAGAGAUAAAGUCUAUAGAAAUUUCUCAUCUAAAUACUCAAAUAAUAAUGA